ACGUGUUUCAGCUCUUGAGAUUGGUGGUACGUCAAACUAAUUUAGAAAGCGGACGUGUUGAUAGUUUUACCAGAUAAACACGGAUAAACACACGAUUUAAUAUCAACAACGCCUGGUUUGGAUAGUGUUUUUGUAGCUUUAAUUUUAUAACAAUGGAGUAAAAGACAACCUUACGCUUUAUACCAUUCAUUUAUAAAAAAUAUUUUAAUAAUGAUGGCACCUUCUUCCUGGAUUUUGUUGUUUACCUUGUUUUGUGUCGGGUCCGUAGGUUUAAGUCUCGGAAAUACUUAUACCAAUAAAUUUGCUGUCCAUAUACCUGGUGGUGAGCGUCAUGCCAGAGAAGUUGCUGAAACACAUGGAUAUGUUAAUAUAGGACAUAUUGGUUCACUGAAGGACCACUAUCUAUUUGAACAUCCCCAUGUGCAUAGACGCUCAGCCUUACACAGUACAGAACACCAUGAAAAGCUGUCCUCACAUCCACAUGUCCAGUGGUUUGAACAACAAACCCAUCUGUCUCGGAAAAAGCGUGACUAUCUAGAGAAACCAGACCAUGCACAGAGAAGCAGCGAACACAGAUUACGAUCCAAACGCUCGUCAUAUUCGUAUCCAAGACGUGAUGUCAGCCAAGAUGACCUCAAGUUCAAUGAUGAAUUGUACCAAAACAUGUGGUAUUUUAAUGGGGGUGGUAGGGACCACACUGACAUGAAUGUCAAGGGUGCAUGGCGUAAAGGUGUCACAGGGAAGAACGUCGUCAUCACAAUUCUGGACGACGGAAUAGAGAGGAACCAUGAAGACCUGGUAGACAACUAUGAUCCGUAUGCUAGUUAUGAUGUCAAUGGACAUGAUCCAGAUCCAAUGCCUAGAUAUGACUACUCCAACGAAAACAGACAUGGCACGCGCUGUGCAGGGGAGGUGUCUGCGAAGGCCAACAACACCAAGUGCAUUGUGGGAGUGGCCUAUGAUUCUAAGAUUGGAGGUGUGAGAAUGCUGGAUGGGGACGUGUAUGACGCCGUGGAGGCCCAGUCACUGAGCCACAAUCGCAGCCACAUUGACAUCUACUCGGCCAGCUGGGGACCGGACGAUGAUGGGCGGGUGGUGGACGGGCCUGGCGUCCUCGCCAAGAAGGCCUUCAUAGAGGGCGUGACCUUGGGCCGUAAUGGCAAAGGUGCAAUAUUUGUUUGGGCCAGCGGCAACGGAGGUAGGCAGCAGGACAGUUGUUCGUGCGAUGGCUAUACAAAUAGCAUCUUCACAAUGAGCAUAAGUGGCGUCUCAGAGCAUAUCGAGAAGCCGUUCUAUUUGGAAGAAUGCGCCUCAACUCUCGCUACUACGUUUAGUAGCGGAGGGGGCGGUGAGAAAAAAGUUGUAUCCGUAGACCUGCACAACAAGUGUACGGAGACUCACACCGGGACCUCUGCCUCGGCCCCCCUUGCAGCAGGCAUAGUGGCCCUCAUACUAGAGGUCAACCCUGGUUUGACUUGGAGAGAUGUUCAGUACAUCACACUGAUGACGGCCCGACCCCUUCCGGACGGGGACUGGAUCACAAACGGAGUGGGACGCAAAGUGAGCCUGCGCUAUGGCUAUGGCCUGAUGGACGCUACAGAAAUGGUGAACCUGGCGGAGAAGUGGACCAACAUUCCUGCCCAGCAUAUCUGCACCAUCCAGUCUGAGAAUGCAAGAGCAGACAAGGCAAAAGUACUCAUACCGGAUACAGGAUAUGAGGAAGUGUUGAACACUAACGCGUGCGCUGGCACUUCCGAUGCUGUAAACUUCCUGGAACAUGUCCAGGCAAAGAUCACCCUAAAGAGCAAGCGCCGUGGUGAUAUUGUCAUCCACCUCACCUCUCCGUCUGGGACGAAAUCUACCAUCCUUCCACAGCGACCUAACGACAGUGACAGGUCAAAGGGUUUCAGUGACUGGGCGUUUCUGUCGGUUCAUUUCUGGGGAGAGAACCCGUCUGGUCAGUGGAAACUGCAGAUAGAGGUGGUAUCCAACCCCAACGCCUACAUCGGCUCAUCCUAUGGAAGUUCCCAGACCACAAAUGACCUGAUAGACUGGUCACUCAUUUUGCAUGGAACAGAGGAGAACCCUGUCAAUUUGGUGGCACCCAGUCAAACAGAGAAACCUAAGCUGACACCAACCAUUGCAGGGUGUGAUGGUCAGUGUAACGAGGGAUGUUCCGGUCCAGGGCCGUCCCAGUGUAACAGAUGCAAGAACUUUGUUGUCAAGGAGACUGGUGUGUGCGUGGGUACUUGCCCCAACAACUACUACCUAGACGGUGUGGAGUGCAAGCUGUGCAAUGACACGUGCCUCACAUGCACCCUUGUUGCCUCCAAGGUCAUGUGUCUGCUGUGUAAGCCAGGAUAUCUGUUUGUGGAGGGCAAGGGAACAUGUGAAAAGUUCUGCGAGAAAGGAUACUUCAAAAAUAAUGACAAUCACCAUUGCCGUGUAUGCAGUGGUAAGUGUGCGGAGUGCGUGGAGCACAGCAAGUGUACUUCCUGCAGAGAGGGGGAGAGCCUGGUCAAGGACACCUGUGAGACCGUCAAGGAAUGCCCUGCAGGUGAAUACCUCACUGAUACUGGCUGCCUGGCCUGCCCUGCUGGAUGCUUCAGCUGCUCAAGUGCCACCAACUGUACUUGCUGUGAUAAAGGGAGUUAUUUACAGAAUGGAAGCUGUGUCAACAGUUGUGCCAGUGGUUUUCUUCCAUUCCAUGUCAACUACAGCUCAAAGUUUAUUUUUCAACAAUGUCAACACUGUGGUGAUAAGUGUAAUGUGUGCCCAGAGGGUUUCAACUACGUGAAUGGGGUAUGUGUACAGCAGAACAAUUGUCCAGACGGUACCUACUUCCAAUGGAAUGCUAUGUCCUGUAAAUCGUGCAGCCCAAAUUGUCGCGCAUGUAUUGGCCCCAGCCGCACAGAUUGCAUCGCAUGUGAGUCCCCGUACGGCUACAACAGUCUGCAGAGGAAGUGCGUCAUCUGCUGCUCCGAUAUAGAGUGGCAGGCAGGCAAAACAGACUGCUGCAAAUGUAUUGAGGAGGGUAAAUGUGAUGUAGCCACUCCGCCGCCUGUCUCAAACCAGGCCAGUGAGUUGUUCAGCGUUGCCACUCUCAUCAUUGUCCUGCUCGUGAUUGUCAUUUCGUGCCUCUCCAUCAUCGUUUUUAUUGCCGUUUGGGUGGGCUGUCGAAGGAACAAAACCAGCCACAGCAACAUCAGAUACGAUAAACUUCCCAAUGGCGAAGAAAAUGUAGAAUUUUAAUAACUAUGCUUUUAAAAUCAGUUUAUUUCUCAUGGUCUGUUCUGAUCUUCAUGGAUUUUAUGGUUUGAAUGUUCUUUUUUGCAUUAAUCAUUAAGAUAUGAAGAAUUCUUUUAACGCCACACAAAUCUGGUGAUUUGCAUGAAGAUAAUUUUGACCUUGUGAAAUAAAUUGAUUUAACCAUAUAUUAUGGUUAGUGAUAGAACUUUUCUUUCCUCUUGGGAAGCAGAGAAAGCAUAUCGAUUUGCCCUUGUCUGUCAGUCCGUCUAAUUUUUCUGUCAAACAUAAGUAAAAAAGAAUUUCAGCUGACGUGAUGAAUUUUUUACGAUCAUUUUCAGCAACAUAAUAAUGAGCUUGGUCACCUGGGUCUAUUGGUUUAGUUGUUUUUUUCACAUGACCAUUUUCUGUUAAAACUGACAUUUUUGUUCUUUUUGCUUUAAAAAAUGUCUGCUUGGGUGAUGAAACUUUACAAAACAUAUUAAUCAACAUGCACACUUGCAUACCUGGUUAUUUUUGUGGAUCUCUUUUUUCUCCAUAACAUGAAAAUUUUGGCUUGUUUGCCGUGUUAUACUGAAGAGUUUUUUCUAGAGUGAUGACACUUUAUAUUCAUAUUAACUCUUUCAGUGCUGGAACCGAAUUUUGAAGGCCUUUGCAAACAGUUUGAAUCCAGAUAAGACACCUCAGAACGUGGCGUCUCAUCAGGAUCCAAACUGUUUGCUUUUCUGAUAGUAUUCUUGGAAAGAAAAUGCUAAUUUUAGAAAUUCAGCAGACAACAUUUUAGCAGAUGACAAAUUUCCCAGCAUGCAAAGGGUUAAUCAACAUGUGAAUUUAUACACUUGGUUGUUUUUGUGUAUUUGUCAAUAUUAGCAGAGUUUUUAGACAAAAGUGGAAUGUGGGGGCAUAUGUGUGUUACAGACACAUGUCUAGUUACAAAACCAUGCCUUUCAAAAUGUAUCAAAAUAUGUUUGUCUUGUGCCACAGUGCCAAUGAAACAAGGGGGCAUACCUUCAAACUCUCUUGCUACAUGUUGCUCUAAUGCCAGGUUCUAAUUAUGUUUUGGUUUUUCACUGAUAAAAGUCUGGAAUGUCAUACAGUGUUGGGAAUAAUACAUGAUGUUGUUACAUUAUAUGUUAUAAUGUGUAUGCGUUUGGAAGGAAAAACAUUUAAUAAAAAUAUGUUUCAUAUUAAAUAGCUCAAAUUAAAAUUAGUCUACAGAGUUGUUUUAAUCAUUACAGCAGAAUUCUUAAGAAUAUUCUGUGCUUUGUUUUUGGAAUCUUACAUUUCUGGCCAAUGAUCUAUUAGUUCAAUAGAGUGUUUAAACAUAUACAUAUGCUGAUCCAUAACACCUUGAAGAAUUAGACAAUUUCUUAAUAAAAGCUGUAAGUAGGGAUUUAUACAUAUUUUUGUGAUUUUAAGUUUCUGAAUUCAAUGAAAUUAGAGUUUUAAAACUUACUUGCCUUUUCCAAAACGUGAUCCUAUGUGUUGAAUGCUUGGUUGUGCUUGAUAAUUGUUAAGGAUUUUAUUUGUUUAAAUAUAUAAACAGUUAAAACCAUAGUUAUUUAAUUAUUUUUAUGUUGAUUGUGUGUAAUUGGUUUAUAUGCAAUGCAGGUGGAUGUUUGCAUGAAAUGUGUGCAUAACUUAAAUUUUACUUGUUUUAUAGAUUGUUCAAAUUACUGAUUUGUACAUCCAAAUGUCAUUAUUUCCUGUGUGAUUGGUGUGUGUGUUUGAUAGCUAUUCUGCAUUAGGAUUAAAUGGUUGACAGUGUGGGGUUUCUUAGGUGAAAAGUGCUAUGAUGUGGCCUUUUUUCUAUCAAAUCGAUAAUAUAUGUUGCCGAAAUUGUUUCCUGUAAUAUAUUCUUGCUGAAAUUUAUGAUAUUGCAUGAUUCGAUAUAAGCUAAAGCAACAAAUGCUCAAUAAUUUGAAAUGUUUAAUCCAAGCAAUUAGCAUAUAUGUUGCAUCAUAUAGCAGUUCACUUUUCUUUGUCGAUAAUAUCACACACAUGUUUUUAUAUUAAUGUUUUUGUGCUUGAUUUGCUAUUCUAAAGCCUAUACAAAUGUAGUGUAAAUGUGAAAACAUACCAGUGCACUUAGAAUUGUUUUUAAAGAUUGACAAUAAACAAGUUCAUUUGUUUAUAGGAUUAUGAAACCCUGAUGUUAUGUUCACCGUAUAAUGUAUAAUUAUACGAGUCAUAGUAGGAUUUAUUACAUUGAACAUUAAAUCAAAUAAAGUUAACCUCAUCUUACCAUCAUAUGUGUGAAUGGUAAAAUUUGCAUGAAAGUGUACAUGUAGUUGGUUUAUACUCAACACUUAGCUGUAUGGCUUUUCUCAUUUCAAUGAUAUUCAUCAACAAAAUAACUGAUCAAUGCGACAUGCUCAAGGGCUUUGGGACUGCCUGAAAGAACAAUUAUCUGAAUCUGUGAUGGAAAUUUAACAGUAUUGGUAGAACUUUACUGUACAACUACAGAUAUAAUAUAAUAUAUUGCCUGUCUGCAUAUGAUCAAAAAUAAGAAUUAUGUGAACAAAUGAUGUGUUUUUUUAGUAUACAUGUACAGUGGAAAAAUUAUGUGAUUUUAUUUUAAUGAAUGUUUGGGCCUGUGACAGUUUCUAAUUAGAACAUGUAACAUGGUUAAAUAUAAAUUAAUUUAUUGAUUUGAAAAUAGAUUUAAUGUGAUGAACUUGAAGUAUGAUGUAUCCUUUUGUAUGGUGAUUUCUAUUGUUUUGCUACUGUGGAAUUUUUCAAAUGUUUGUUCCUAUUCAUGUGUUACAGGUGCUGGUAACCUUAUUUUGUUGCAAGGCUUUAUCACACAUUGCAUAUAUUUCCUGACAACAGUUGCUACAAUUAGUUUUAAGAAUACUUUGUUAAUCCAUUGGAAUGAAUGUGGUUCUAGAAGUGUAUGUUUGAAUCGUAUUGUGCACAAUGAAUGUAUUUCAAGUAUUUGAUUUCUUUGCGAGUCUCACUGUAUUAAUAUUAUGUGCAUAGAUCUUGUUCCAUGUUGACUGCAUGAUUGAUCACACUCAGCUUAAUGUCAGUGAUAUCAUCUCUUAAAACUGUUAAUAUGGCUCCACCAUUAGGUUCUUAUGAUCUUUAAAAAAUGGCCUUCUCCUCCAUACAUUGUACUUGUAUAUUGUUUUAACCUAUUAACUUCAUGUGUACAUCAAUUUUAUAUUUGGUAGUAAUUAAACUUUAAUAGAUAUUCUUUUGAGAUGAUACCAUUCACAGAAUUCUUUGUAGGGUUAGCUUUUUAGGUUUUCUAUCAGUUAAAGCGUAAAUUCCACACCACUUUUUGCUGACUACAUGUAAUGACAAUUCAUGAUACAAAUCAAGGGUAAAGUUUAUAUGCAUAAUCUGCACAACAAACAUGAUACAAUACUUGCUGGCGCAUACCAAAUAGGUGACAAUGUUCUUGGACCAUAUGAUCUACAUCAAGAAAAGAUGGGUGUUAUGCCAUAUAUUCAGUCAUACUAGCUCUUGACCACCCUGCAUAUUCUCGCAUUCUGGUCAAAAGCUACCAUGUUUGCUAUAAAGUCAUGCAAGGUUUCAAGGUCUCAUUAUUGGUCUUUAUGACAACUCAUCAGAGUGUAUAAGGCUUAUUUUGUUACUCUGUAAGAUAUGUCCUAAGACCCAUUUUAACACAACAUGGAUCUUUCAUGCCUGGCUACAUUCCAGCAUUGAGGCCACCUUAUAAUAUCUGAUUGUUCUCUUAUACACUAUUCCUUUUUAAUCAUGCUUUAAGAUUUAGCGUGAAAUCCAAAUUCUAUUCGUUUGUUUUGAAAUGUAAGUAGGAAUUUUAAGGUCUAAAAUGAUUUUUUAAUUGUAUUUCAUGCAACUGGGGUUUUAAAGACAAUUCUUUUUAUAUGUGAAAAGUGUUGAAGUGAAAUCUCAAUUUUUGGAAAACAUAUAACAGUCAACAAGUUUCUGUUUGUUUUAUGAUGUUCAGACACAAAUAGAAUUUUUUGUUUUAGAAUAAAGAUGUCCAAUUAUGUGUUUACAUUUGUCACCAAUUUUGUACAUGACCUGUAUAUUUCUUUUGCACACUGGUUUAUCGUUGUUAUAUGUGUUUUGUUGAUUUACUAACCAACAAAUGCAACUGAAUAAAGAAUGUAUAUUUUUUAGAA